UCACAUUGGAUUACAACCUUCUCUGCUCACAUUGCACAACAUUAUGCAACAAUUUUCUAGUUAUCUUUGCACAUGCACAGUAUCCUUCUCCUUAGCUGUAUCCCUAUAAAUACUCCAGAAUAAUUGACAUUCGCUCAGUUUGAUAGUAGCAGCAAAGCAGUGAACAUGGCUUCUUCCAAAGUGUUUAGUGUUUCACAUUGGAUUACAACCUUCUCUGCUCACAUUGCACAACAUUAUGCAACAAUUUUCUAGUUAUCUUUGCACAUGCACAGUAUCCUUCUCCUUAGCUGUAUCCCAGUAAAUACUCCAGAAUAAUUGACAUUCGCUCAGUUUGAUAGUAGCAGCGAAGGAGUGAACAUGGCUUCUUCCAAAAUGUUUAGUGUUUUUCAGCUCUGUGGUAAUAAAAUAAAGCCUACCAAUGAGCGGUUUGGUUUGUGGCUGCUGACAGAAAAUCUAUGCAAUGACAAACUUAUCACAGACAUUGGGAAAAUUGAUUACACUGCUGGAGAAGAACUGUUGGUGCAGGAUGAAUCAAAUCUUGUGCCUAUAACAGAACCUUUCUGCGACAAUAUUAUGCUGGUAAAGGUUUGUGGUUUGGAGGACUGCCAAGAACUGGAUGAAAGACGUUUUGAAAAAGGUAAUUGUAGUAGUAACUACAAAAUAUGGCUCCUAUUGAAAGGAAACAGGUUGGUGCAAACUGCAGAAGAAAAAAGACCACUGCUGCAGCCAGGUGUUAGUGGAGCGGGACAUUUAAAGGACAAAACAGAUAAUUAUAAUCGGUUCAGUUUAGAUGAAACACAGAUACUGGACAGUUGCGCCACUAUCACAGAAAAUACCAUCGCGUCCUAUACUCUAUAG